ACCGCUACCCAGGGGAUUUUAGCUAGUUUGUCUGUUCAAUUUAAUUUUCUUAAUUGCCAGAUUGCAGCCCCGCUUAACAUUUACGAAUUGAUCCAAUGAUGGCUUGAUUUUGUCGAUUAUUUCCUUCUCUGUGGAUCGCGAAUUUUUAUCGAUAUUGAAAUUCCAGCAAUAUAUGAAUUAUCAAUCAUACGGCUUCAUCUAUACAUUUGCUAUAUAUGCCUUAUUUGUAUUGAAUACUGCGUUCUUACAAUCGGAGGUAAUUGCGCCGUGUGUUAAGAGUUUUCCGUGGGUGUCUGGGUGUCGGGACUCUGUUCAGCGUUUUGGCUGUUCUUGUGUCGGAUUUGUUUUUCAUUUGGUCCUACAUUAUCAGUACUUGCAAUGGAAACCCUUCAUUUAUGCUUAUAUUUAAUUUCUUUUUAUUGUCUAUGCUUUAUUCGUGUUUUUACGGCACCCGCCAGUGUAUCUAAAAAUCUUGCGAAACCUGAGGAUGUAAGUUCUGGAAAAGGAUUAAAGAUGAGCAAAUCUGGAUUCACAAGAAAUGCAGAAAAAUUUUCAGCGAAAGUCAGCAAGAGCAUGGAUGUAAAUAACUUUGACGACGAGUACCUGACGGCGGCCAUGCUGGAGUUCGGGGACAUGAACAGAGAUGGCUUGCUGGACUUUGACGAGAUAUUCCGCUUCUAUCUGGCCGUGGUCAAGUUUCCAAUAAAAAAGGCCUCGGAGACCGCUCAGAGCUUUAUAAAUCUCGGAGACAGGAAUAAGGACGAAAAAAUAUCAUUAAGAGAACUGUUGAAUAUUAUGGAUGAAGCCAAACAAAUUGCAAAGUCCCGGAAGCUCAUCAAAAUGAGGAAUGCCGCCAAGGACAUGAGAAUCUCUGAGGACCUUGCCGAGGCUAGACGUCUAGGUGAGGACGAAAUCAGUAAGGAGGGCAAAACUCCUCCAGAGGACAAAGAAACCAGAAAGGCAGACGACCAUGUCAUGAUUGGCGGAGGCAAACUGAAGAGCGACAGGAAAGACGGAUCUUCGAGGGAACAAGAUGUUGCGGAGUUGCACAACUUGCCAAUUGCAAUGAAAUAAAACAAAAUUGUGAUACAAGUUAAUCCAAAGAAUGAAGAAUUCUCUAUAUUUUUCUGAUGUAUGUUUCAAUAGUGUACCCUGCUGGAACAGGAAGAAAAUUUUAUAUCAAUUCUAGAUUUCUAGUUCACUUGUUUAAGUUUAUCAUAAAGGUUUAACUGAUAUCCAAAAUAAAUCAUU